AUGAGAAGUGACAACCAAAGCUUUCUCUGCCCCCCCCCCCCCAAGGAUUUCCUCCUUCUGGGUGUUUCUGAUAGGCCAUGUCUGGAACUUCCUCUCUUUGUGUUCCUCCUGGUGUUCUAUGUUCUUUCCAUGUUGGGGAACAUUUCCAUCAUCCUGGUGUGCCGGCUGGAUCCCCAGCUCCACAGUCCCAUGUAAAUCUUCCUCAGCCACCUCUCCUUCCUGGACCUCUGUUAUACCACCACCAAGGUCCCUCAGAUGCUGGUCAACAUGGGCAGCUCCAGCAAGACCAUCAGCUACAGUGGCUUCACUGUACAGUAUGCAAUUUUCCACUAGUUGGGAUGCACAGCAGCCAUGGCCCUGGACCAUUACAUGGCCAUCUGUGAGCCCCUCUGAUACACCAUUAUCAUGCACUGCCCUCUCUGCCAGCAGCUUGUGGUUGUGGCCUAGUUCAGUGGCUUUGGCAACUCCCUCGUUUAGGUAGUCCUGAGAGCACAGUUGCCUUUCUGUGGGCAAAAGGUGCUAAACAACUCCUGCUGUGAGGUGCCAGCCAUGAUCAAGCUAGCGUGUGCUGACACAUGUGUCAUUCACAGUGUGGUGAAUGACAUCACACUGGCUGUGCUGGUGGCCUUCUUUGUGCUGGUCCCUCUAGCUCUCAUCCUUCUCUCCUACAGCUUCAUUGCUCGUGCAGUUCUCAGGAUCCAGUCCUCCAAGGGAUGUCACAAGGCAGUUGGGACCUGUUCUUCCCACCUGGUCGUAGUCUCCCUCAUCUACCUACCUGCCAUCUACUUGUACCUGCAGCCUCCUUCCAGCUACUCCCAAGAGCAGGGCAAAUUUAUCUCCCUCUUCUAUUAAAUCACACCCACCCUCAAUCCCUUCAUCUAUACCCUGAGGAACAAGGAUGUGGAGGGUGCUCUUAGAAGACUUCUGGCAAAGGGGAUACCUUCAACAUGA